AUGUUCGGAUUGGCUAAGUUUGUGAAAGACCUGCUUACAAAGAAAAGGUCUGUGCAACAUGAUAUAGUGAAUUUUACUCAUCGUGUGAGUUCGAUUAUUGCUUCCACCACAGUUCAAAAGAAGGGAGCUCCAGGGGCGUUUAACAUUCCUUGCAAUAUUAGGCUUCAUGUAUUCACCCGUGCUCUGUGUGAUAAUGGGGCAAGUAUCAACUUAAUGCCCCCUGCUAUUUUCAAACAAUCCGGAUUGGGAAAGCCUAGAUCGACUUCUACGCGAUUAAAAAUGGUGGUAAGAUCUAUCAAGAAGCCAGUUAGGGUUAUAGAUGUUGUGUUGGUACAAGUGGGUAAGUUCAUGAAGCUUGCUGAUUUCGUUAUUCAGGAUUGUGCGAUCGAUAGAGAUUUUCCCAUCAUCUUAGGAAGACCGUUCCUUGCUAUGGGCAGAGCGCUUAUGGACUCUGAAAAGAAUGAAAUUAAGUUCCGAGUGAAUAAUGAAGAGGUGACUUCCCAAACAAGCAAGGGGAUGAAGUUGCCAAGUGCUUAUGAGAGUAUCUUAGUUAUUGAUUCGUUUGAUGGGAUUGAUGAUCUUUGUCGAACAUAA